CCCACCCACGGCACACACCACAAGCCACAAGUCAUGUCGGCACCAAGCGGACAGACCUACUACGAGUUCUAUCGCGGAUCGAGUAUCGGCACGGCGUUGACCGAUGCCCUCGACGAGCUCAUUACGUCGGGCGAUAUCCCGCCCCAGCUGGCCAUGCGCGUCCUGCAGCAGUUUGACAAGUCUCUGACAGAGUCCCUCCAGAAGGGUGUCAAGCAGAAGACGUCGGUCAAGGGCCACCUGUCCACCUACCGUCUCUGUGACGACGUGUGGACGUUUGUGGUCAAGGACCCCCAGUUCCGCAUGGAGGGCACCGGCUCGUCCUCAUCGGGCGAGCUCGUGACCGCGCCCAAGAUCAAGAUCGUGGCGUGCAAGUCGGGCGACGCGCCAGACGGCCGCCGUGGACACUAAGAUAUGGCACGCCGCAGAGGGCCGCACGCAGCCUGGCACCUUACACUGCUGGCCAGGUGCCGCCGAGCAUGAUUGUAGACAGAGAGAGACAGAGGGCAAGCAGACAGACAGACAGACAAGACAUCAGGCAUUUUUCCAUGUAACGUGUAGCAUCAUGA